AUGGACUCAUCUUUGGUGGACAUUGUUCAACCGAGCAUCAGAGAUGGCCACCUGGACAGGGCCAAGCUCAAAUCCUUGAUUGAAUCAAAGAAAGUAAGCACUACUAGUCAGUCUAUUUCAGGAUUAUUAGCCGCAGUGGCAGGUCACAAUGAAUGGCCAGGUCUAGAAAUUGGCCAAGCAAUUGCAGAUGCCGAUACUGGAGCCGUAGAAUCGUUGGACUGGGAAGCAGUGUUUGCAUUAUUAGAGCAGCCGCCCUCUGCCCCACCAUCAUCAUCACAAAAAAAUUUAGAACUGAGAAUUUCCAGCCCUGUGUCGUUGACUAAUGUUGUUGCGGCAAUCGGUGGUUUAUCCGGACCCUUCACAAAAAACAACGAGGAAAAUAAAGCAGUAGCAACAUUUUUCGGAAGGAAGUGGUCCAUUUUGCAAAACCAAGUGGAUAUCUUGGUACAUGCAAGUGAUCAACAAAAGCAUCUCAAUUUGUCAGUAUAUGGCUUGAGGAAGGUCAUUGAGGCCAGUGAUUUUGCUCAGUCGCCGCCUCAUGUCCAGUCAAUUGCGAACAAUUUGGAGAGUCAUCCAUUGAAUUAUAGGCAUCUUAUUGUUCUGUCUUUAGAUGCGAUUUGCAGGGAGGAAGAUCCUGCUGUUGCCUCAGCUAGGUCAUUUCUUGACAGGUUUGCCAAGGCUAUUCCUGAAAUUUUUUUCUUAGGUGGUAUUACUAUUCCGAAGCCGUGGCAUCCGUUAUUAGAUCGUGUUAUUGGAAAUUUCUUUGAACUUUUUUUCGCUGGCCACGCCUCCCGUCAACUUGUGUUUGUCCAGCUUGCAAAGGUUGACAAGAACUUUUUCUUUGAUUCAUUAGUUGAAAUAUUCGAGCGCGACUCAGGCAUGAUCAAUCAUAUUCUUUCUUUAGCACAGGAUGCAGAAAUUUUAGAGGAGUUGCUUUAUUUGAACCACUAUAAUUUUGGUUUAGAGCUAGCUACCCAGGCAGACAAACAAAAUCUUGUUCUAUUUGAUACAUUUUUGAAGAAGUCUCUAGAAAAAAUACGUGCAAUAGGAUCUAAUUCCUCUGACCCACCUGAGUAUCCAUUUGUAAUUUCUCUAUUAGACUUUCUGGAAGCUAAGGCUACUGUUGAAUAUACUCAGCCUCAAGUAGCAGGGAGUCCACCUACAGGUCUCAAUUUGAGAUCAGUGGCUGCUGCCUUAAACUUUGUUUCAAGCGUAGAGAUUCCUGCAGACAGAAUAGAGAAAUUGAAGGCUAUUCAAAUCCAAUGCCUGCAGUCAUAUCCCAAGCUUAUUAAUUUUGGCCAGGGUCACGAUGACGCUAUUCUGGCACAUGGUGAUAUUAAUUCAUUCCCACCGGAAGUUGAAAGAGAAAUGAAGCUCUAUUAUCAAAAAAUGUAUGAACAAAAGAUCGAGAUUCGUGAUAUUAUUACCAUGCUUCAAAGACUGAAGAAGUCAGACGACCCAUUGGACCAAGAUGUUUUUGCUUGCAUGGUCCAUUCAUUAUUUGAUGAAUAUCGUUUUUUCCCGGAAUAUCCGUUGAGCGCUUUGGCUACCACUGCAGUUUUAUUUGGCUCACUUGUAUACUUUCAACUAAUUGAGGGCCUUCCCUUGUCUAUUGCAUUGAGAUUUAUUUUGGAAUCUCUCAAGCAGCCUACGGACUCCAACAUGUUUAGGUUUGGAUUACAAGCGUUGUUUGAGUUUAGACAAAGACUACAUGAAUUUCCCAAAUAUUGCACGAUUUUACUUGAUAUCCCUGGUUUAGUUUCUCAGCAGCAAUUUUAUCAGCAGAUCAAAGAUAUAGUUGAUAGGGGUCAGAAUGCAGAGGUCGCUAGCCAGAAUCAUCAAUUAGAAGAAACUGAGCUUGGACCUGGUGACUUUAGAUCUGUGAGUGCAGUAGUUCCCAUUGACAACUCGCACCAAGAAGAACCCUCUGAGGGAGUAAGCGAUAAAGUACUCUUCAUUGUGAAUAAUAUUGCUCAGAACAAUGUGGCUUCCAAAUCAAACGAACUCGCUAGUCUCUUGGAACGCCGGUAUUAUGCUUGGUUUGCGUCUUACAUAGUCGGACAGCGAUCGAAGCAAGAGCCUAAUUACCAUGCCUUAUACAUAGAUAUGCUGCGUCAUAUCGGCAACAGGGAGUUAGAGUUGCACUGUCUGAAGAUAACAUACUUUCAUAUCACCCAGCUACUCAAUUCUCCCGAUACUAUUUCAUCAUCGGACAAGCGUACUCAACUCAAAAACCUUGGUCACUGGUUGGGUAGUAUGACGUUAGCCCGGGAUCGUCCUAUUCUCCAUAAAAAUGUUGCGUUCAAGAAGCUUUUGAUUGAAGGAUAUGAUUUGGGAAAACUAGCUGUUGUCUUGCCAUUCGUAUGCAAAACAUUGGAGCGAGCUUCUUCUUCGACGGUAUUUCUACCUCCAAAUCCUUGGCUAAUGGGGCUAAUGCACGUUCUUUCGGAGCUCUAUCAAUAUGCUGAAUUAAAGCUGAACUUGAAGUUUGAGAUUGAAGUUCUCUGCAAUCAACUGGAUCUGGACAUUAAUACUGUUGUUGCUUCCACCAUCGUUCGCAACAGGCCUAGCGAGACCGAACUCCAUGAUGCUCAAAGUGCGAACUUGGCUCAAGAAUUGGACAGCUUACGAAUUCAGGGAAAUGAGCAUUUGGGUCCUGUUACUGGGGUUGCUAACUUACCAAGACCGAAUCUCAAUCUCCCGAAUAAUGGAAAUACUAGUAAUAUGGAGAACGAACUCUCUGUUUAUUCUUCUAUUAUUAAUCAGCUUGCGCUUGUUGGUAACACAGGAUUCGUUACUCAUCCAACAUUGAAACAGAUAUUUUCGCUUGCGAUUGACAAGUCUAUUAGGGAAGUUCUUCCACACGUUGUCGAAAGGUCGUCCACGAUUGCUUCUUUGGCGGCCCGUGAGUUGAUCACGAAAGAUUUUGCUUUAGAAGAAGAUGAGCAAAAGCUUCGUAUUGCCGCGAAGAACGUUGUUCGCGUUUUAGCUGGGAGCAUAUCUUUGGUUACCUGUAAGGAACCUGUUCGUGAAACACUUGUAACAAAUCUCCGCAGCAUGAUGGUCUCCAAUGGUUAUGCUGAUUACACUGUUUUGUUAGAACAGGUUGUUUUGGCAGUAAAUGACAAUGUCGACAUAAUCUGUUCUAUUGUUGAGGAUGCUGCUGUGGAGAAAUCGUAUGCUCAGAUUGAAGAGGUAUUGGGUCAGGCCUAUUUCAGUCGAAAACGCCAUCGUGAGUCACAUACCAAUCAACCUUUUGUUGACCCUCAACUUAAUUCAAGAUAUCCAUUACAGUUGCCUGAUCCCUUCCGCCUUAAACCUGGUGGGCUCCUUCCCCAACAGUUCGCUAUAUAUGAAAACUUUGGAAAAUACAGACCUGCUGUUGAGUAUGGUGUUGAUACACGGCAAGCCCCUGACACAAGACAGUCAAUACAGGUUCAAAACCAAAGUCAACAAACUCAAGUUUUGCUUGACGAGUCUCCAUAUCCUGGAAAUGCCUCUUUAAAGGGACAGGCUGUUAUGGCCCCCAAUGGAACUUCACCAGCUUUGUUUGACCAAUUGAUUAUGCAAAUUCAGAAUGCAAUUGAUUCUUUAGAAAAGCUUAUCAAGGAAUCCAGUGAAGUUUCAAUCACUCAAUUGACACCUGAUCAUAGAAUUUCAGUUCUGAUAUCCCAAAUCCUCACAGUCACCAGUCGCAGCUCGUUUAGAGAUGAUAUUAUUUUGAAAACAUCUCAAAUGACUGUCAGUACGUUAUUUAUGUUAACAGAUUCCCAAUUGGGAAGAGAGGUUUUAUGCUUCUUACUUGACAAGCUUUGUCAAAUGUCAUCAGCUACUGCGAAGGAAGUUGUUCUCUGGCUUAUUUAUUCAGAUGACGAAAGAAAGUAUAACGUUGCUGUGAUGGUUACGUUAAUCAAGGCUAAGCUUAUCACUGUAAGUGAAAUCGAUGCGAAUCUCGCCAAACAAGUCUUGGCGAAAAUCCCAUCGGCUAUAUCUUUUGCCGCUGGCUUGAUCAAAGAAGUUGUACUAUCUAAUGAUCCAAUAUGCUUGAGAACCGAUUUUACUGGAAGUCUGGAAGCAUUAGAGGUACUAGCGAAGGAAGAACCACCAAACAGUAUUGCCGUGGAUUUGUUGAACUGUUUAGAGGAAGCAAAGCCUAAAAGCAUCUUGAAAGAACAACAGCCAGCCGAAGUCUCAGAAAAAUCUGACGAGGAUAAUGGCAAAGAUGAAGCAAAUAAGGGUGCUAGCGCUAUAUCGCUCAAGGAGCAGAUGGGAUACAUUUUUGCUGAAUGGUCGAGAUUGGCCCAACACCCCAGUAGCACUGAGAGAUCUCUUCAUAUUUUUGUCUACGAGCUAUCGAAACAGGGAAUUUUGAACGAUAGCGAGUUGCUGUACACAUUGAUUAGAUCUGCUGUUGAAAUUUCUGUUGAUAGCUAUAAAAAGUCUACUGGUUCUGAAGCGUUUUUGGCCGUGGACUCUCUAGCAAAACUUUUCGUGACAAUUAUAGAGACGAGUAAGAAGAUGGAGAUGAGUCGUAGAGUAGAAUAUGCUAAGAUUAUCACAUCAGUUAUUCUUCUCAAUCUUGCUGCUGAUCAUGAAACUGAAUUGGAAAAUUUUAAUGGGAGACCAUAUUUCAGAUUAUUUUCGACCCUACUUUAUGAACUAACUGAACUAAAAGAGGAUUCGGAGGAGUUUAAGCAUGAAGUCCACCUGCUGAUUGCGGAUGCACUUAAUAGCUUACAGCCAUUAGCAUUUCCAGGAUUCAGCUUUGCAUGGAUGACUCUCAUAUCACACCGAUUCUUUUUGCCAAAGUUGAUGGAGAUUCCUGGUAAAAAAGGGUGGGCGUACCUUGCAAAUCUUUUAGGAGCUCUUGUUAAAUUUGAAGGCUGUUAUAUUGAGGGAAAAGAUUUUCCAGAGCCUAUUGCUGUCAUGUACAAGGGCACACUUAGAAUAUUCCUGGUUCUUCUUCAUGAUCACCCGGAAUUCUUGAUUGAAAACCACUACAGCUUGUGUAACAGUAUUCCCCUGAACUUUGUGCAGUUGAGGAAUUUGGUACUCUCUGCAUUUCCAGAAAAUAUUCAGCUACCAGAUCCUCUAACUCAAGGGUUAAAGGUUGAUAAGCUACCAGAGAUAAAGGAGUCCCCUAUACUUGCCAUUGACCCAGAAUUAGAUUUACAGAAGUUUGGUCUCAAAAAGCUUAUUGGUGCUUAUUUAAAAAACCCAUCUCAAGCAUUAGCAAAGGCCCUUGCAGGAGGCUUCAAGACUAAGGCGAGCCAUGAGGUUGGACUAGGGUUCAAUUCAGUUUCUACGAACUACCCUGCUUUGAAUGCCUUGGUUUUAUAUCUAGGAGUUCAAGCUGUUCGGAGCAACCAAGAAACAGCUGGCUCGGGAAAGAUUAAGGCCAAAAAUGAUAAAAGUGACAAGCUUAUUGGCGGCGACGAUGACACAGCACACUUCAAUCGUGACUCAGCGCAUUUGCAACUACUAGCACAACUAAUGAAAGAAUUGGACACAGAGGGAAGGUAUUUCUUAUGCGAGGCCAUUGCUAAUCAAUUGAGAUACCCAAAUGCCCAUACUCAUUUUUUCAGUUGUGUUAUUCUCUCCUUAUUUGGAAAUUAUGGAACCCAGGCUCUGGGAGAUGAUAAACAGACUGUCCAACAUUUGAUUACGCGUGUCCUUCUUGAGCGUAUUAUUUGCAAUCGACCCCACCCUUGGGGCUUGAUGAUCACAUUCACUGAAUUAUUGAAAAAUUCAAACUAUAAAUUCUGGGAUCUUCCGUUUACCAGAAUUACCCCAGAGGUAAGUAUUAAUGAGAAAGAGGCGAACUCAAGGAAAGGUCUGAAGAACUGCACUAACAUGCUGAUACAGAUUGAACGGAUGUUUGCAUCGCUGUAUAGCCAUAUUAGCAAUUCCAACUCGAACAACAGCCCAAAUACUACUGGUGUCCCAAUAGUAUCGGAAACUAUAGUUGAGGGCUAA